GGACUUUUUCCAACCUCAACUCUCACCGCGGGGCCGUCUAUUUCCCCGCUGCAGCCAACCCAGCCCGCCAAUGUCGGCGAAUCCGGCGGACCGAAAACGAAAGCACUCUUCCCACACCAUCCACGAGCUCUUCACCGCGCAACACAAACCGAACACGUCGGCGGCUCCGCUCUCGCCGAGCAGCAAACGCGGCAAGUUUGACAACACUUCCGGCUCCAAGGAUAAGGAAACUGCUACGGGGGCUGGGAUUGUAGAGGCGUCCUUGGCGAUGAGUGCGGCAGAUAUGUAUCAUUUCCCGAGCUCGAAGAGGGUGGAUGCAGGUGGGCGGGGCGGUAAAGAGGUGGUGGAAAUUAAUUCGAGCCCGGAGAAUAGCCCGUCGAAGCGUCCGUCAAUGCCGAAGAAUGGGAUUAGGAAGGCUACGCCAAAUAUGCAUGCCCAUGGAUCGGGACCUAAGCGUAUGCUAGUCAAGAAUUUCAAGCCGGCGAGGAAGGUCGAUCCGAAAGAUUUUUUUGAUCAGGUCUGGGGGAAGGUAGAUAAGGCGCUGGAUAUUGUGUUUUCGCGGGAGGAGAUUGCGUUUAGUUUGGAGGAGCUGUAUCGUGGGGUUGAGAAUCUGUGUCGGCAGGGUAUGGCUGGUGAGGUGUGCGAGAGGUUGGUACAGAAGUGUGAGGGCUAUGUGGGAGGUGCUUUGAAGAAGAAGGUCAAAGAGAUCGUGGGGAGGAAGAAUGUUGAUAUUCUAAGAGGAGCACUGCAGGCGUGGGCCACUUGGGGCGAGCAGCUGAAAUACCUCCAUUGGAUCUUUUGCUAUAUGGACCGCGCAUAUCUCCUCCCGAAGCAGCAGUCGUUGCACGAAAUCGCCGUUGACCUCUUCCGCAAGCUCAUCUUCGAACAACCGAAGCUUAAUUCGAAAAUUGUUGAUGGUGCCUGUGAUUUGAUUGCUGUUGAUCGCGCCGGGGAGCAUAUGGAUCGGCAGAUGUUUUCGGAUGCUAUCAAAAUGUUCCACGAGAUGCAGGUCUAUACUACAUACCUUGAGCCGCGAAUGCUCAAGCUUAGCCAGGACUAUGUCGUGGACUGGGCCGAUAGGAUAAGUACGGAGAACGGCCUAGCCGAUUAUGUCAAGGCUGCGAAGGCGCUCAUGAAGGCCGAAAUGGAGAGAGUCGAGGUCUUCGGGCUGGAUAGUUCCACUCGACGGGACCUUCUCACCCUUCUUGAGGAUCGACUGAUCUCGAGCAAAGAAUCACGUCUCAUCAAUCAAGACGAUCUUGCGGGUCUUCUUGAAGACAAUGCUGUCAAUGACCUCGGAGCUCUAUACUCAUUACUCGAACGUCGGCGGCUUGGCGCCAAUAUCCGCCUUGCAUUUAUGAAGUGGAUAGAAGACACAGGCACCGCUAUCGUGUUCGAUGAAAAAGAGCAGGACAACAUGGUAGUCAAACUCCUCUGCCUCAAGCGCCAACUCGACACUAUCUGGAAACUAUCUUUCCACCGCAACGCUGAGCUCGGCCACGGCUUGCGAGAAGCAUUCGAAACAUUCAUGAACAAAACAAAGAAAACAAGCACGACAUGGAACACUGAUAACUCGAAACCGGGAGAGAUGAUUGCUAAGUACGUCGAUGUGCUAUUAAGAGGCGGCGCCAAAGCUAUUCCCGCACAACUUAGUCGAACGGAGAAGCAGCUCGCUGUGGCGGAGGAAGAGGAUAAUGAGGAUGUGGUAUUUGACGAGGAUACGGAAGUCAAUAAUCAGCUUGACCAAGUUCUGGACUUGUUCCGAUUCGUGCAUGGAAAAGCGGUGUUUGAGGCGUUUUAUAAGAAAGAUCUCGCCCGGAGAUUACUUAUGGGACGGAGUGCUAGCGCGGAUGCCGAGAGGAGUAUGCUGGCAAGGCUGAAGACCGAAUGCGGCGCCGGCUUUACAGCAAACCUCGAGCAAAUGUUCAAAGACAUCGAGCUCGGGCGAGAGGAAAUGACAUCCUACAAAAUGAUCCUCGAGGAGCGGAACCAAAAACUACCACUUGAUCUCAACGUCAACAUUCUUUCCGCUGCGGCCUGGCCUACAUAUCCAGACGUCCCAGUCAUAAUUCCCACGCAAAUCAAAUCCGCUAUUGAUAAGUUCGAAACUCACUACAAGUCGAAGCACUCCGGCCGGAAGCUGGAUUGGAAACAUGCGCUAGCGCACUGUCAGAUCAAGGCGAAGUUCCCGCGAGGCAAUAAGGAGUUGGUGGUUUCGAGUUUUCAGGCUAUUGUUCUCCUGCUAUUCAAUGGGUUGGCGGAGGACGAACAUGUGGAUUACAAUACUCUGAAGGAAGCUACUGGACUGCCACCCGCAGAACUAAGCCGCACCCUCCAAUCCCUCGCUUGUGCCAAACUGCGUCCCCUAACCAAACACCCAAAAUCCCGCGAUAUCUCCCCAACCGACACAUUCACUCUCAACGCCUCCUUCUCGGACCCCAAAUACCGCAUCAAAAUCAACACGGUGCAGCUCAAGGAAACUUUGGCCGAGAAUAAGGAAACGCAUGAGCGCGUCGCCGCGGAUCGGAAUUACGAGACCCAGGCGGCGAUUGUGAGGAUCCUGAAGGCGAGGAAGAAGAUUAACCAUAGUGAGUUGGUGGCGGAGACAAUUCGGGUUACGAGGAGCAGGGGCACUUUGGAUGUGGGGGGGAUUAAGAGGAAUAUUGAUAGGUUGAUUGAGAAGGAGUUUUUGGAGAGGGAGGAGGAUGGGGGGUACAGUUAUGUUGCUUAGGGGACUUGGUAGCCAGAGGGACAGAAUGAGGGGGUUUACGUGGGUAACGAAUGGUUUAGUAAACAGGCAUUGGGUAUACAGGGUAUAGGUGAUAGGACUGUGUAUCUAUACAGCCUCCGAUAGUGUACCAGACUGACCUAGGUUCACGUGCGCUACAAGUGGAAAUUAUCUCGCAGUAUAUGGAGAGGGAAAGUGUAAUGAACAAGAGCACCUGGACUUGAAUAUCUAU